AUGGCGCAAACGCGAUGCAUAUCGCUGGCCGACUCAACGGCCUGUCCAGCCUUCAGCGCCGCGUCAAUCUCGACCAGCGGCGACGUGGCCGGCCUCUUCCCGUUCCUGUCCAAUGUCUCAGACACAACCUCGUUCGACGAUGGCCUCGCCGCAUAUAUUGCAGGCGACUUCACGCAACUACGAUACGCCACACUGAUAGGCUGCGACAACGUCCAGCGGGAUAAUACUACCGACUUCUAUGCGCGAUACACCACGAGCGUCCUUUGCAAUGCCAUUGUGCAGAACUCCAUUGAGCCAUGCUCUCUUUCAGGAACCGCGACACGACCCCUCUGUGCAGACUCGUGUGCCGAAUAUGCUCAGAGCGAGCAGCAGAUUGCUGCCAGCAAUAUCUGCGGCAAUGCAGGCAAUAACGCCUUGACACAAGUCCGUGCCGACUUCACGAACUGCGCCCUGCCUGCUAAUUCCAUAACGGGGUCAUGCAUUGAAGGAGUCGCGAACCAACCCGAUAACUGUGGCUUCACCCAGAACAUCGCCGGUCUGUGCUCCUACUGCGCAGCAAGUUCGCCCAAUGCGACGGACUCGUGCUGUGUCUUCUCAGACACGAACACCCGGUGCAAUGGAGUCCAGCUUCCCGUGAUAGCGUCCUCGUCCCUGGCUCCAAUCACCGUUUCUCAAUCGGCCACUAGCAUCUCGAGUGCUGCGACGGGAGCGGCGCAGACAGGCAAUGGAGGCAACAGCCGUGGACUCAGUGGUGGUCAAAUCGCUGGGAUUGUCAUUGGUAGCGUCCUGGGCGCGCUUCUACUCCUGGGCCUGAUUGUUGGUGGUUGUUUACUGUUGAAGAGGCGCAGAGACUCUAGUCCAGUCUCCAGUGUCUUCAAUCAGCCAGCGCCUGCCAGACAGCAUAAAGAGAUGGGCUACAAUGACGGCGCACGGGACUACCAAGAACGUGCUGGUUUGGCUGUCGUACCAGGAGCACGUGUCGCGCGCAUGUCAGCCCUGGAAAACGCAAGCCAUUCCAAGAGCUCCUAUGAUGCGGUGGGACGAUACUCGAAGGACAUGUCUGAUCACGAGCACAUGCCAGAAUCCAGGCUUGCGCCGCCUCCGAAGCGUAGUGGCUCUCUCUCCAGCGGAUCUCAACUUGGCGUUAUUGGCGCUGCUGCUCAGGACACGUCUCCAAGCUCAGGCGACUUCACCUCUCCCGAGUCUAACAAUCAAAGUGAGCAGCUCAACUUCUUCAAAGACUACUACUCUCAAGACGAGAUCCUUUCGGGAGAUUUGGUAUCCACAUUAUGGGCCUACGAACCUCGAGCGGGCGACGAGUUCCAGCUUGAGCGCGGAGACAUGAUCAAAGUUCUUGGAAUCUGGGAUGAUGGCUGGGCCACAGGCGUACGCGUGAGACAGCGCGCCGAAGACUGGCGAGACGACGAUAAGGUGCAGCGAGAUAGUGGGCUGAGCACUGCACCGAACAGCAGAGAUCAAGAGGCUUCCGAGGACGGCGAGGUCAAGGCGUUUCCCCUCGUGUGUGUGUGCCUACCGGCGCACUGGAAGAAGACCAUCGAAGGGGACUCUACAGAGGGCUCAGGACCGGACAUGUUCCCUGCAACUGAACGAGGGUGA